UGAACCCGGAAGAAGAGGGCCGUUUCGCGCUAAAUUGAAACAACGGAGCAGUCCACGCGAGGAACCAGUCGCGUCUCCUGAUUGAACUUCUCGCCGCCGGUGUUACUCUCAAACAAGUGAAGCCAAGAUGGAGGAGGCCAACAAGCUGGUCGGCUCUGGCAAGAAGUACCUGGUGAUGGGGAAGGUGGUGGAGGCGGUGAGCUCCCUGCAGGAGGCCUGCGGCAUGCUAGCUAAGAAGUACGGAGACACGGCAGACGAAUGCGGGGAGGCGUUCUUCUGGUGCGGUAAAGCGCUGCUGGAUCUGGCACGGAUGGAGAACUCUGUCCUGGGGAACGCUCUGGAAGGAGUGCCGGAGGAAGAGGAGGACGAAGAAAAACCCAAAGACCCUAACAUCGAGAGCACGGAGAACGUAGACGAAAAGACCAGAGACGAGCUGAGGGUGCAGAUAUACGACGCCAUGGCAGAGAAGAAGGCAGAAGAUUCAGAGAAGGAUGACGGGAAGCACAGCGAGGCCACAGGGGAGAGCAAGCCUGACGGCUCAGAGGCUGCUGAGGAGCCGCAGAAACCAGAGAAGGUAGACGAGGAGAAGGAGAAGCACAGCGAGGAGGAUGAAAAGGACAAGGCUGAGGAGAAGGAUGAAGCUGAGGAGAAGAAAAAGGAGGAGGAGAAGGAGGAAGAAUGUGGUCCAGAGGAACCAGCUGCUGAUCAGGAAGAAUCUGCAGACAAGCCAGAAGAAGCAGGAGAUGACGAGGCAGAGGAGGAAGAGGGGGAUGAUGAGGAGAUGGAGGCUGAAGCAGAGGAGCAGGGUGAAGGGGAGGCCACAGCAGAGAAGGACAGUGAGGAUGAGGAGGUGGGCAACCUGCAGCUGGCCUGGGAGAUGUUGGAGGUCGCUAAAGUGAUCUACAAAAGGAAGGAGACGAAGGAGGACCAGCUGAUGGCAGCUCAGAGCCACCUGAAGCUGGGAGAAGUUUCUGCUGAGUCAGGAAACUACACACAGGCUCUGGAGGACUUCCAGGAGUGUCUGAAGCUCCAGCUGAAACAUCUGGACUCAGACAGCCGCCUGCUCGCUGAGACCCACUACCAGCUGGGCGUUACCUACAGCCUGAACCUGCAGUACGCCGAGGCCAUCCAGGCCCUCAAUAACUCCAUCUCCGUCAUCAAGAGCAGGCUAGAGAAACUGCAGGAGAUGAUUGACAAAGCCGAGGGUCCAGAAGCUCUGCCAGCAGAGAGGAAGGAGCUGGAGGAGCUGAAGGCUCUGCUUCCUGACAUCCAGGAGAAGGUGGAGGACGCCACCGAAGGCCUGAAGACCAAGUCUGAGACUGCUCAGGAUGGAGCCAGCAGUUCCUCUGCCUUGCCUGGUUCCACUGUGAACGGUGCCGACUCUUCAUCCAGUCCAGCACUCAAAAGCAGCAGCAGCAGCACCACUGAACAGGCCUCCACAGUUCCCGUGUCUGAUAUCUCCCACCUGGUCAGGAAGAAGAGGAAACCAGAGGAAAGUCCAGUGAAGGAGACUGAAGUGAAGAGGGUGAAGCAGGAUGAGGGCCACGGUGACGCCGUGCAGGAGCCGCACACCAACGGCGUCCCUAAAGCUAACGGAGAUCCAGCAGAACACGCUGAGAACAUGGAGGUGGCCAAGUAGCGUCAGAUCCCAGCACCGACCCGUGCUUCAAGGUUUAUUGCUCUUUCUUUGGCGCUCACUGUCCAAGAAUAGUAAGGUGGUCGUUUCAGGGGACGUGUUGCCGAAGCAGACUGCUGAGAACUCUGGUCAGGUUUGGCUGCACACAGCUGGAGCCUCCUGGUGCUUUUAGAACCAAACUGGUUCAUGUCCUCCUGCCCAGCGCAUCCAUCUGGUUGCUGUGGUUGUAAAUAUGUCAUUUUCUAAACCGUUUUGUAACCUGUAAAGCUAAAUAAAGAUUGAACUUUGACUGAU